AUUGACAAAAUGAAUUCAGAGCUCGCAGAGCUGCACUGUACUCGCCAAACAUACCAAAAAGGUAAAGACGAAUACAAACAAAAUGUAUCGUUGGUAACUGGAUAAGACAUGACCAAGACGAUGGCUGGCCUGGUUUCAUGGCGUGUACUCUCAGUUCUGGUGCUUGUUUUAGGAACCAAUGGGCAAACAGCAACUGUAACCGGUACUUCACCAGCAGCAGCUGGAACUGAUGUCACACUCACAUGUGAUAUUACAGGUGGAACAGCAGCUGCAAUUAUAUGGGUAGAUGAUAGUACAGGUGAAAGUAUCUUUGCUGGAACAGUCCCUAUCACUGAUGAUGAAAAGUUUAGUAACUUUGAUGUAACUUCCCUGACAAAUACACAAUCAGUGAUGACAAUUUCUAGUGCAGAAGUAACAGAUGAUGGGGUCUAUAGAUGUGAUAUUCCGAGUACUGAUGGUAGUAUGGACUUUGUAGUAGAAGCUCCAGGAAGUUUAACUGAACCAACUGUAAGAAGUCAUUUAAGUAGCAGUGGAGAGGAUAUGUAUGAAGCAACAUGUGAAGUUGUUGGAAGCAAACCACCAGUUAACAUCACAUGGUAUCUGAAUGGUGUUGAACAGACUGAUGGCAAUGGGAAGACGAUAGUUGAAACAUACCCAAAAGCUACACCACCAUUAUAUAAUACAAAUAAUGUGUUCACAUUCCCAGCAACUCAAGAAAAUCAUUUACAGACUUUGGAAUGUCGGGCUACUGGAUAUCACCUUACAGAGCUGGAAAGACAGGAAUCAAGAGAUUUAGAUAUUCAUACCUCUCCAUCUAGUGCUGGUACUACUGUCACUGCUGAGCAUGUAACCGAUGGAACAGACAGCAUCGGAGUGACAUGUACUGCAGAGAGUGAACCUACUCCAACAAUGAGAAACUACUAUAUAUUCUCUAAUGGUACCCUGAUACAUGAAUCAAUGGAAAGUGUGAAUGAUGUCACUGUUUCAAAUCCUGAAGUUGGAACAGAGUACACGUGUAUGGCUGGUAAUUACCUUGGAAAUACAUCAAUUAGUGCAGCAGUUACAUAUGACCCAACAAAGACCACACCCGAGCCUACACCAUGUCCUUGUUCACCGUCUGGUCUGAGUUCUGGAGCAUCUGCUGGAAUAGCUAUCUUAGCCAUCCUUCUAGUAGCUUCUAUUAUCAUCAACUUUGUACAGUUCAUUCCUCUGAGGAGAAAAACCAAACCAGAGUUCCAUGAGUCAAACAAGAAUGAUAAAAGACGUGGAACAUGAUUCUGCUUCACAUCCGCUGUUAUAGAGACUCAAGAAUUACAAGACCAAAUGAAUACUACAAUGUAAGCUGCAGGACCCUCAUGAUUCAAAAAGGGCAAAAAAUUAAAUACCAAUAAUUAUCCUAUAUCAAACGUAAUGACUUUAUCAUUCAUGUAUUUAGAAUAGAGUACUGAUAACCCUUUGCCUCCUCACCACCCAGCAAGCAAAUGCACAAUCUAGGAGGAAUAGGGUUAUUUUACUGAUAAUGAUAGUGCUGAUUGUAGCAGUAGUUUUUAUAAUGAUAUUGUGAAUAUAGGUAAUAAUGAUUAUGAAAAUUUAGUUUCUCGUAAGAAUAUGGCAAUAUGGGAUAAUUAAAAAAAAAUGAUUUUUUUUUUCGGAACGGUGCAAAGUAGAUCUAAUUCCUUCGGCAACCAAACUCUUCAUUUGUGUAAUAAUUUUGUUAAUGAAGAUUUUUUUUUUACAAAAAAUAAUGAUGAAUGGAUUCAGGGAAGGGGGGCAUGUGACACUACAUCUGUGUUUGAGAGGGCAGUAGCCUCUUUCCAUCAUUUCAUAUUUAGCACAUGGGAACGAGAUUUGAUCAAAAUUUGAUCUUUAGAGUCAAGAGGAAUAAAUUGUUACCUGACGUAUGUAUUUGGAAUAAAAUGAAUUAAACAUGAUUUUGUCACUG